AUGAUGAAUACUAUACUCCAACAAGCUGUUUCCUUUCGUUCAACCGUGCCAAUAUUGUUAACAUUGAGUGUGGCUCCGCAAUAUUUAUUUGCUUGGUCAUUAUGGCGUGCUGUGUCCUCGAUAUUGCCCAGGAAAGUGUACGAGUAUGUUGAUGAUAAACUGUAUGAUACGUAUCAGACUAUGGUUGUGUUCUUUUUCGAGAACUAUGCAGGCACUGAGGUAAGCCAUGCAAGUUUGAAUGGCACUAGUACUUCAUGUUGUAGCCCACAUUCCAAUGCUGACCCCCUGGAGAAAGUGCACUAAAUUACACACGUAAAAGUUACAAGUCUGCAAACAAGUUGUUGCAAAUCUGUUCACAAGUUGUCUUCGCACUGCUUGUUCCCAGUUGUUUUAACAAGUUUGUAACGCUGUUAACAACUUGUAACACGCUUGGUGGCAUUAUCUGACUUGUUACAAGGCUCUGCAGCAAGUAAUAAUAAUAAUUACAAUAUUUAGUCGGAGUCCACUCACGAAAGUGAUUUUCAGUGGAGCCCUGAUAAAACAAGAAGUAUAAGUAUAAGUCUGAUACAGCCAUGACAUAACAAGCAUAUUAUAAGGUUGUCAACACAAGCACAGAAUAGAUACAGGACCAGAAGUGUCACUCAGACGAUAUAUUUUGUCCGAAAUUUUACGAGUGCUGACGUGAAAAUACGCCAUCAUAUGACGCCAUCCUGGAGUGCACACGGAAGUUUUUCAUAGGAAAACAUAGGUCCAAAGUGCCGCCCGGGUGCACUCCAGGAUGGCGUCAUAUAGCACGCAAAAAAAUUUCGGACGUUUUCUUUCAGCCAAAACACAUAGGAGUGACACUUCUGGUCCUGUAUCUAUUCUGUGACACAAGGUUGUAACAAUUUGUUAUAUCAAGCAUGUAACAGACUUGUCAGAACAACCUUGUAACAAGUCUGAUAAUUUCGGCAAGGUCAUUUCAAGCAGUGCAAAGACAACUUGUUGACGGCUGGUUGACAAACUUGUUACAAGAUGUUAAAUUUUUUGCGAGUGUAACAGACGAUUUCAGGUCACUUUUCCAAGGUGUGGUUUCCAAGUUUGUUGUAAAUAUUCCCAAUUACAUUUCUAAAUUUGGAAUAUUGGGUGUGGAAAUUGCAAAGCCAACUUCACAAGUACCAAAGUACUAAACAUUAACUUCUAAUUUGUAGUCCUUUAACUACACACGUAAAAACGCACAAGUUAUAACAAACCUGCAGCAGACUUGUAUCAAUGCUGUUCCAAAAACUUGAAAACAGCAUGUGUUCGCACUGCUUGUUCCCAGCCUGUUAACAACUUGCUACAAUGUUGUUGAGCUCAACAGACUUGUUACAAGUUGUUCCAAUUCAAUUUGUUCUGCAAAUUCCAUAUCAUCCUGCAAUUCAACAAUUUUUCAGCAAGUUGUGAGUGACAACCUUGUAGCAACUUGAUAAAAUAACAGUAUUGUUACUAGUUAACAAAUUUGCUGCAAGCCUGUUAUGAACACAUCUUGUUGACAAGUUGUUGGAACAGCAUUGUUCCAACUUGUUAACAAGUUUGCUACAAUUAAUUAAGCCUUACUGUGAAACACAUCUUGUUGACAAAUUAUUGGAACAACAUUCUCACAACUUGUUAACAGGCUUGCUACAAGCUUGUUGGGAAGGCAUCUUGUUGACAAGUUGAACAGCAUUGUCACAACUUGUUAACAAGCUUGCUACAAGCCUAUUGCGAACACAUCUUCUUGAAAAGUUGUUGGAACAGCAUUGUCACAACUUGUUAACAAGCUUGCUACAAGCCUAUUGCGAACACAUCUUCUUGAAAAGUUGUUGGAACAGCAUUGUCACAACUUGUUAACAAGCUUGCUACAAACCUGUUGCGAACACGUCUUGUUGACAAGUUGUUGGAACAGCAUUGUCACAACUUGUUAACAAGCUUGCUACAAGCCUAUUGCAAACACAUCUUCUUGAAAAGUUGUUGGAACAGCAUUGUCACAACUUGUUAACAAGCUUGCUACAAACCUGUUGCGAACACGUCUUGUUGACAAGUUGUUGGAACAGCAUUGUCACAACUUGUUAACAAGCUUGCUACAAGCCUAUUGCGAACACAUCUUCUUGAAAAGUUGUUGGAACAGCAUUGUCACAACUUGUUAACAAGCUUGCUACAAACCUGUUGCGAACACAUCUUCUUGAAAAGUUGUUGGAACAGCAUUGUUACAACUUGUUAACAAGCUUGCUACAAACCUGUUGCGAACACGUCUUGUUGACAAGUUGUUGGAACAGCAUUGUCACAACUUGUUAACAAACUUGCUACAAACCUGUUGCGAACACAUCUUCUUGAAAAGUUGUUGGAACAGCAUUGUCACAACUUGUUAACAAGCUUGCUACAGCAAGCUUGUCAACAAGUUGUAACAAUGCUGUUAUUUUAUCAAGUUGCUACAAGGUUGUCACUCACAACUUAUUGACAAAUUGUUGAAUUGCAGGACAAUAACAAGUUGUUGGCAGGAGCAACUUGUAACAAGUCUGUUGAGCUCAACAACCUUGUCAACAAGCUGGGAACAAGCAGUGCGAACACAUCGUGUUGACAAAUUGUUGGAACAUCAUUGCUACAAGUAUGCUGCAGGUUUGUUACAACUUGUGCGUUUGUACGUGUGUAGCGAACAAAUCUUGUUGACAAGUUGUUGGAACAGCAUUAUCACAACUUGUUAACAAGCUUGCUACAAACCUAUUGCAAACAUCUCGUUGACAAGUUGUUGGAACAGCAUUGUUACAACUUGUUAACAAGCUUGCUACAAGCCUAUAGCGAACACGUCUUGUUGACAAGUUGUUGGAACAGCAUUUUUAUAACUUGUUGACAAGCUUGCUAGUAUUUUUACAACUUGUUAACAAGCUUGCUACAAGUUUGUUGCAAACACAUCUUGUUGACAAGUUGUUGGAACAGCAUUGUCACAACUUGUUAACAAGCUUGCUACAAGCCUGUUGCGAACAAAUCUUGUUGGCAAGUUGUAACGUUGGAACAACAUUGUCACAACUUGUUAACAAGCUUGCUACAAGCUUGUUAGGAAGGCAUCUUGUUGACUAGUUUUUGUAACAGCAUUAUCACAACUUGUUAACAAGCUUGCUACAAACCUAUUGCAAACAUCUUGUUGACAAGUUGUUGGAACAGCAUUUUUUCAACUUAUUAUUAACAAGCUUGCUACAAAUCUGUAGCGAACACAUUGGUUGUCACAACUUGUUAACAAGCUUGCUACAAGCCUGUGCGAACAAAUCUUGCUGACAAGUUGUUGGAACAACAUUGUCACAACUUGUUAAGAAGCUUGCUACAAGCCUGUUGCGAGCACAUCUUCUUGGCACGUUUUUGGAACAGCAUUGUUAUAACUUGUUAUCAUUUAGCUUGCUACGAGCUUGUUGGGAAGGCAUCUUGUUGACAAGUUGUUGGAACAGCAUUGUCACAACUUGUUGACAAGCUUGCUACAAGCCUGUUGCGAACACAUCUUGCUGGCAAGUUAUUGGAACAGCAUUGUUACCAUUUGUUAACAAGCUUGCUACAAGCCUGUUGCAAACACAUCUUGUUGGCAUGUUGUUGGAACAGCAUUGUUACAACUUGUUGACAAGCUUGCUAAAAGCCUGUUGCGAGCACAUCUUGUUGACAUGUUGUUAGAACAGCAUUGUCACAACUUGUCAACAAGCUUGCUACAAGCCUGUUGUGAACGUUUUUUGUUGACAAGUUGUGAGAUUUCACAUGUGUAACACAGUAACACACAUCGCUGACUGGUGUUUAAUUCAUUGGCUAUAUUAGUAAAAUACUGCACGUAGUGAAUUUGUGUUGAGAACCUUGGUACUUUAGCUCAGUACUCUGAUACUUGAGUAAGCAACUUGUGAAGUUGACUGUUCACGUUCCACGCCCAAUUUUCCAAUUUUAGAAAAGCAAUUGAAAAUAUUCACAACAAACUUUGGAAUCUUGCUUUGAAAAGUGAACUGAAAAUAGCAUACUUUCUGGCUCAUGUUCAAUGGUUUGUUGGAGUCUGCUAACAUGCACUCAGGCCAUUCUGCCCAGGGCAUUAAGACUUUGCUAAUAACUGUUUGUUGUUUUGUCUGCAGUAUAAAUUUCAAAAUAUGUGCCUUGGGUAUAUUGUUUCUCUUCAGCCACUUGUGCACCUGAAAUAUGUGGAAAAGCAUCUUGACAUUUCGGGUAUGGAGAGGAAUGAACUCCAGCUGAUUCUCGCAAUGAAUGGCAGUUAAGAAAUGUUUGAGAAAUUUUUAGGCUGAAUGGUUAGGGAGAAACACUACCCAAGGUUUUAUAAGUCCGACCACUUUUUGUCUUGGCCAGGCAUUUUUCCUUCCAACCACAAGAAUUACUCCAAUUGCAUUAAUUAAUUUAUUAACUUUUGCAGCUAAUAUUUUAUGGUGAUGAAAUUCCAUUAGAUAAGAAAGAAAAUGUACUGUAUUUAUGUAAUCACCAAAGUACAGGUUUGCGUUUAACUCCUUUUUUGCAUGAUUACAUCUAUUGUAGACUAAUAUGGCUUCACACCUCUCCGACAUCUCACCAGUCACUACUAUGGGUUAACCCAGUGCCUUUUUUCAGUGAGUAAAAUUGUCUGGCGUUAGGCAGAUUAAAAUAAUAAAGUAGGGUGCAAUGCAUCUGCUAGACAUUGGAAUGGGGAGGGAGGGGGUGCAAGUGAAAUUUACCGAGUCAUUUCAAACACUAAUUAAUAUUUUAUUUCAUUCGAGCGAAGGCCCUUUGGACGAAGGGUCUUUUCAGGUUGUUGCGUCCCUACCAACGAAGGCUUGUUAAUACUUUUGGCACUACCUACAUGCACUGGCACAGAUAGUUCAAGAUCAGAAAAAAGUCCACUAGAAUAUUUUUCGAUCUAUACCCAUUUGCAUGUUAAUACCCAUAGAGAUGCCUGCGGAGGAGGCCAGACUCCACCCAAAAACGUCUGCCACAUUUUGCAACAUGCUUUAUUUCAGUUGACUGGGCUGUGGUAGAUAUGAUAGCAAUCAGACAGGGGAGCAUGGGAUCUAUACGAUACAUUUUAAAAGACAGCUUGAAGUACUUGCCAUUGUUUGGUUUUUACUUCCCUCAGCAUGGUUGCAUUUAUGUGAGACGGAACGCAUCUUCUGAUGUCGUCAAUAUAGAAAGGUAUAUCUUCAAUUGGCUUCAGUUCAUAAUCCUUCAUUGAUACUCAACCUUAUUCAAUAGUUGUUAAUGGAUGAUUCCAGUUAUAGGCAAAAUUUUGAUCUAGACAAGAAGAACUAAAUCCAUUACCAUAGCUGGAAAGAGCAUCUUAAAAUGAGUAAAAUUGCGAAAUUUGGUUGCGAAUUGUUGUAAAAUGAGGAAAAUAUAGCCCUGUGACGAGGUUCGCAAAUUUUGUAUAUAUUUGUUUUACGCGCGUGAAAAAUAACCAUUUUUGAGCCGAAAGUGCAUGGUGAUUUUUACCGCGCAUAAUACAAAUAUAUACAAAAUUUGAGAACUUCAAAGGGCUAUAUAUUUUCUUCAUUUUACAACAUUUAGCAAACCGAAUCUUUGCAGUUUUACUCUUUAUAAGACGCUCUUUCUAGCUGUGGUGUUGGAUUUCGUUCUUCACUUCUUCUUGUCUUGAUCAAAAUGUAGUCUUUAGCUAGAAUCACUGACCCAUUAUUAACAAGUGAGUGUGUCAUUUUUUAGGAGGAUGAAAAAAUUUGAAGAGGAUAAGACUUCAGUAGGUUUAAUAUAUCUAUAUUCCAAAUAUGAAUUUUUCUAAUUGUCCAGUUCUAAUUCUUUGACCUAACAAACGAAAUUUAAAUUUGUGUGAUCAUACAGCGUAUUCCUUUCUUAAGAUGUGGCUUGUUAUAUUUCCUGAAGGAACGCGAUACGAUGCUGAUAAGCCUGAACAGAUAAAACAAAGUCAAGAAUUUGCCAAGAGCAGAGGUGGGCAAAACGAUAUACUUGUAUGUAGGAGCCCGGCAGUAGACUGUCUAGCUUCUCUGUCGUGAGAAGACAGUACCCAAAAAAUGGCGGAUGAUUCCAGUAAUGAAUAAAUUUUGAUCUGGGCAAGAAGAACAAAAUCCAUCACCACAGCUAGAAAGAGCGUGUUAAAAUUAGUAAAAUUGCAAAGUUUGGUUGCGAAAUAUUGUAAAAUGAGGAAGAUUGCAAAGUCAUUGGUUGCGAAAUGUGGGGCAUUUUCUCGCGGGUAAUACAAAUUAACAGAAAAUUUGCAAAUUUCGUAGGGCUAUAUCUUAUUUUAAAUUUGAAAUUGAAAUAAGAUAUAGCCCUACGAAAUUUGCAAAUUUUCUAUUAAUUUGUAUUACGCGCGAGAAAAUGCCCCACAUUUCGCAACCAAUGACUUUGCAAUUUUACUAAUUUUAACAUGCUCUUUCUUAGCUGUGGUAAUGGAUUUUGUUCUUGCCGAGAUCAAAAUUUAGUAAGGGUAAUUGAACAAUUUUUCGUGGUUGUUUUAAUUUCAGGUCUGAUUCCUCUAAAUCAUGUUUUGACUCCAAGGACGAAAGCCACCGAGGUAGGGUACACUUUGAACCAUGGCUAGAAUUAUGAAUCAAUUUGAAAUGCUAUCUUCAGUUCUAUAUUGAAAAAUUUAAUACAGUCAUGAUGUUAUGGUAUACAUGAAUUUUCUCACACAGAUUGCUCUCGAGACAUUAUCAGACCACUUUGAUGCCGUUUAUGAUCUGACAAUAGCUUAUAAAGAAAAAUAUGAAAAUAUCGUACCGAGAAAGAGACCUAAGGACUUACUUGGUUAGUCAAAUUAGCAGCAAGGGAUAAUGCUUUAGGUUUAGGUUUUGCUUAUACUGAAAGAAUAUCAUUCUAAUAUUAAUAAGCUCGUAUAAUUUCCUUUCACUGAAUCAUUUAUUUCGCGUCUUUUUGAAGAGUUUUUUGACUGUCAAGAUCCAGAAAUUCACGUUCAUGUCAGAAGACUGACUCCUGAUCAGAUACCACAGGUAUUUUUUAAAAUUUCUCAAAACUUUUAAUUGGCAAACGCUCCCUUCCGGCUCCUCCUUGUGCAAUAGUGGUAAUAUAUUCACUAUUUCUAGGGUUGUGAGGAAAAGAAACAGUGGAUUUAUGACGCGUUUUCUCUUAAGGAGAGGUAUUAGUAAAUUUCUUGCUUAUUUAUACUAUACAUGCACUGACGAGCUAGCUCAUUGGCAAAAACGAACACAUGUUAGGUCACUGAAAUGUAUAGUUUAACACAGUGAACACACUGGGUCUAAUCAGAUUCGGAGUUUUGGUUUCAAAAUUGGACUGAAAAUUAGUUCCAUCACACAGGACAACAUACGUAGUUUGUAAUUUUUAACAAAACAUCUUCACAGGAAAUUUACAUACAUCUUGCAGCAGCAUAUGUAUGCAAAUGUUGUAUAAUAUGCUUGCUUUCAAAAUUCCAACUCCGUUAUUCAAAUCGAAAUUGUCAUGACGUGUCGAAAAUUCUCAUUUCUGGAUCAAUUUGGUGUAAGGAAGAAACAUAUAUUUUUCCAAGCCCGAAGCGUAAAGCUAAAAUGUGUUGAAAUCAGCUUUUUUUACACAGUACAGAAUUAAUUUUUGUUGUUCAUAUUUUUCACUUUCAUAACUGUUUGAAAUAAAAAAAAACUCCUUGAAUUUGCUGUUUGAAAUAAAAAAAACUCCUUGAAUUUGCUGUUUGAAAUAAAAAAAAUACUCUUCAGUGAAUUUGCCUUCUGGUUGAACAUGUCAUUCAGUUUGAUGGACAUGUGUAAUUUGCUCUUAUAGCUUAUUUUCGCUCUUAUUUUGACAGCUGUUUUCCAUGAAACAUAUUCUAUGUUUUCAGGAUGCUAUCACAGUUUUUCUCAGAAGACAGCGAAGUCCAAGGAAGAUUUCCAGGCCCGUCUAGAAGACACAGAGUGCCUUUAGCCAGGACGUUAUCGUGGACAAUGUUUUGGGCGGGUGUUUUAGCGCCAUUUUUAGCUACCAAGUAUGGUAGGUCGAUAUACCUGAAGAGCUGGCUUGUAGGGAGUGUUGGUACUGUGUUAUAUAUGACAAUAUUGUAUGACAGAUUGCAGAGAUAGUACUAUGUACUUGGUGUUAAAUUAACAGAGGUUCAGAUUUGACUAUCACAAUCGCUACCUCCCACAGGCUUAAUACGCAUUUUAUUUGUUAAUCGGGUUGAAUAAAUGGACCUGAUUGGUUAAUGGUAGCGUUGGAAGUCACAAAAUCUGAACCUCUCUGAUAUGUCCAUUAGGUUUAUUGUUCCCAAUUUUGUAAGAAAGCGAAAGGCUUUUUUGUGUACACAAAUGAAAAUAUUUACGGGCUAGCUUAUGAACAGGAUUUGUUUAGACAGGUUUUAUGCAGGGUGUAUAGAAACUGGACAGUUCGAAAAUGUCCGCUAAACACCAAAUUCCGCCACCAAAUUCGUGAAAACUUUACCUCUAAAAUUAUUUUGAAAAGUAAAUUUUCUAGUGUAGGAGGGGCGCGUUGGACUUAAUGUACAUCAAUUUGUCAGGUACUUUGAUCAUUCAUAAAACACCUUCCAAAUUUGCACCCUAUGAAUUCGGAUUGCGUUUUCAAAGCCUUUCAUUUUUGUGCGCAAGCCAUUUUUUAAAGUGUUUUUUUUUUAAAGAAACGCCCGACCCCUGAGCCUACAACCCAAAGAGCUCUAUAUAUAUAUAUGGAUUAAGAACUCCAUUCAAAACUGAAAGCCAAAAUAGAAAGUGAAGCCACGGAUGGAGGAUAUUGGACCUCCAGACACAGCAGACAGGGCACUUAUGUAUAUAUGCAAAAUGGAUUAGGAGUUUCAGUUUAAAGCAAUGAACUAUUAUCAUAGACUGGACGCUCACAAUCCUUGGUCAUUGGAGUUAGCGUUCCAGUAUAUACAGUAUGUAGAGUUCAGUGGAGUGUUAUUUAACGCAAGAAAGCUUAAUUAAAGUAGCACUGAGAGUGACUGUAGUCCAAUUUAUAUUUCGGCCUUCAAAUUCAGCAUACUGAUCAGUGAUGACUGACGACACUUGUGUGUUGUCUAGAAUUAAUUUUUUAAAACUUUUGAACUGGAAAAAAUAGGCUGCUUACAAUUUCAAAUCUAUUACAUUAAUUACAGUGUUGAAACUUUCAAAUACUGGUUUAUACUAACAUUGAAGUUUCACGUGCGAUUGAAAAUGUUGGGUACGAACGACGGUAAUUAUUCAGAACAAUCUUGGGAGACCAAAAACACCAAAUUUGGUAUUGAACGUUCACCGGAAGUGAAAUCUACUUCCGGGUGUAAACUGCAUGGGAGGGUCAACUCAAAUAGUCAAUACAAAAGUUAACAGUGUUGGAAACAAGCCUUGAAAUAGCUACCCAGAAAACGUUGUUUUUCUAUAACUAACACACUAUAGGCUUGGUAAAGGCAAUUCCAAACUGCAGAUUCAUCUUCAAAUAUGUCUACUAGUGUGGAAUUCGAGAACGAAGAUGAUUUUAAGAAUGCCAUUUCAGAAUGCCGCUCAGACAACUUUGAGACAAACUGGUAAGCGAAAACAUGCAUGUUUUGGUACAAAGUUUAUUUAAUCGCGUGUGUAUGAUAUGUCGUAGGGAAGGUUGAUAUUAUAAAAAUAUCUGACUAUAAUGCUUGAUAAAUUCUCUAGAAUUAUGAUUCUUUCACAUUAGAUCGGUCGCUGUCGUUUUAUUCGACAUAAUGUCAGUUAAUACUGUGCCAUAUGGUAGAAUGUAGCUGAAAUAAAUGGGGAAAAAAUAAUUGCAAAAUUUAUUGCAACUUUACACAUGGUUUAGCAACAUAUUUUUGUGAAUGUCUCAAUUAUAAGAAUAAAUGUCCAUUUAUAAAUUCGCACGCUGUGGUUUCCAAAUAUUUGUAUUCCCCAAAUAUUAUUUUGAAAUAAAUUUAAUAUAUUCCUCACUGUAUAAAAAGGCUAAAGUUGGAAUUCUAGCAAUUCUAGUUGCAUUGUAAUUUUACUCGAUGUUUUCGUUUGUCGCGUAACUGUAAACAUCGAGCAUAAUUGACUCAGUGUCAUGUCUGUUUGUUCGUUGUUUGAGCGGAGAUUAAAAAACAUUUUAAUUUCUGGUUUAUUUCCAAAUUAAAUUAUUUUUGCAUUAUUAAAUAUGUACACAUAUGUGUUUGGGGGAAAUGUGUGCAUGUAAAACAAUAUUUUACGCGCAAAUACCUACAGUAUAAAUAGAUUAAUCUUCUUACAACUCCAUAAUUGUGCCCAAAUAAGGCACAAGCCAUCCAAUUGUGAGAAUAAUUUCAGUGUUAAUGCAUUAUAUCUGCUGGUGGUCAGUUCAUCCUUCAUACCCAAAAUAAUAAUUGAGCAAGAUAUGCACUUCAAUUCCAAUGAGCUGUGCAGUGGAGUUCAGCAUUUAUAUAAUAUAUAGUUUAUGCAUACUUGACCUAUAUGCUUGGCAAAAUUUUGUUCAUGAAUGACACGUUCAUAAGCAAACUAGGUUCUUCCCCACCCCAUUGCCAUCAUUGUUCUAACCCAUUGUUCCAAUCCAUUAAAAAAGCAAUCAAUCACAAAUGAAAUUUUACAAAUGAAUAUUACAGGGCUCAAAAUAACGGGAGAUAGGGUCUCCGGUCAAGAUGACCGGUCAACUUUUAGCCCCGAUCAAAAUCUGUUUUUGACCGGCCAUUGAUAUGCUUACACUAACAGUGAAACAAACUAUUAGAAACUUGCUUCGAUACAUCAUAGGUUCAUGUUUUAAUUCAAGAUGUCAGCAAUCACAUUGGAAGGCACAAAAAUAUGGCCAGUCAAAAUGACCGGUCGGUGAGGUAAAAAAGUGGCUGGUCAAGAGGCAUUUUUGGUCAGUCAUUGUCCUUUGACCGGCCGUUAUUUUGAGCCCAGAUGUUAAUUAGCUUGUGUUUGCUUGUCUUUAUCAUUAGAGUAAGUUCACUUGUCUUUAUCAUAAGUUCGCUUGGCUAGGCAUUAAUUAGUCAGGUGGCUGUCCUAUACAUGGCCACACCCAUAGUAUGUUUUGGUAACACCAGUUUUGACUUCCUGGCUAAAAGCCUGCUUUAUCACCGAGAACUUAGAGUAUGUGUGCAAACCUUGUUAAAUUAUAUCAAAUUGUAUGCUUAGGGUUUUAGCACGACAUGUAGAUCAGAAUCCCAAUCUUGUUACAUUGAGUGGGUUUGGAAACGGUGGAGCUGAGGAACUCAAAGAGUCUUUGGAGGAUGAUAGCGUGAUGUAUGGACUAGGUAGGAGUUGUAUGAUUUAGACAUGUAGCAAAAGUAGAUGUAGUAACUAGAUCAGCCUGCAUCUGGUAGGAAUGGGUUGGGAUUUUCCAUUGGUAUGUACCAUCAUACUCCGAUACCACCAGUGGAGUUGGCAUUGACCAGACUUUGCUAUGCAUAUUAUGUUUAAUACCUGAACGAUGGAAAUUUUCACGAAAUCUGUGAUGGUUGUGGACAUUUGCUAGUAAGAAAUGAGUCGAGCUCUAUGUAUUAAUUGGGUAAUUAGUGAAUAUGUGCUGGUCAUCGAGUGACCAUCAAAAUGGUAACGUAUUGUGGCAGGUAUGCAUCAUCACUGUGGAAAGAUGUACUGACCUGGGAAUGUCUGUAUAUGUUCUAAGCAUGUCAGAAGAUUUUUAAAAAUAAGUUUGCUUAAAUGGUCAGAAAGACCCAAGUACUGAUUUUUUUAGGGGUGCACCAGAACCAAUUUUUUAAGUUCCGGCCGGAACUGGAAAAAAGUUCCGCCCAGAACUUCUGGCUGGAACCGAUUCAUUAAGCGAUAUUAAUGGUCAUAUGUUAUUUGUCUGCUGCCAGACAGUCGGACACUUUCAGUCAUCAAGGAGAGAGCAUGCAAAUGUUAGAAUAAAAAGAUUGACUAUCGUUAAACGUCAUAAUGAAGUGUUAAUUAUAGUGUACAUUUUUCUUGUGUAGUUCAAAUUUCUUCCUAUGCUAUUCAAUAAAUAAACUUGAUGUUCAUUUAUCUCUCUGAAAACGACAAAGUUCCAGUUCUGUCCACGGUUUUUUUAUUAGUUCCGGCCGGAACCGGAACUCUGAACAAUCGGGGUUCCGGCCAGAACUAACUGGCUGGAACUGAGUUCCGGUGCACCCCUAAUUUUUUUAAGCCCAAAUAACUGAAUCCAAAUCCCAUCUCAGUCAAGGUGAAACUGGCCACAAAAUUCUUCACUGGAGGUCACAACACUGCUACAAAAUCCAAUCCCCAAUCUACAAGUGAAGUAGAACAACCCUUUAAUAACUUUCAUAGUGAGGUUUCAAGAACAAAUUGAUCAAAGUAGUACCGUGAAGUUUGUCUACAUCCACUGGAUUGGCAAGCAAGUUCCUUUCACAAUGAAAGGUAGAUAUGGCAUUGUUCGUGGCAGUGUCAACAAAAGCUUUCAGGUAAAUGUUGUCUACUGAAUUACCAUAGUUACAUGUACUGUCUUUACCUAAUUAUUUUACUCUUCAAAAGCAGAGACUCUUUUAAUUGUAUGAAUAGGUAUUCAACUUAAUGAGCUGCAGCAAUCAAUCUCCCCUGACGUAUAUAAAAUCAUCAGAUGUUAGAGAGAGUAAAAUAAUAUUGCAGGGUGUGUCACUGGUACAAUGUAACUUAAUGGGUUAACUAGACACAUAGGUAGAUUUAAUCACAUUGAGUGCAAGCACUCUCCCAUUGAUGAGUAAAAUUGUCUGGUCUUAGACAGAGUAAAAUAAUAAUGUAGGGUAGAUCAGGGUACAGUGCAAUUUAAUGGGUUAAUAUUUUCAUUUAAUUUUUUAAUCUAAUCUAUUAAUUUUAGCCCCACCAUGUGUCAGUUGAGACAGAUAAUGUUUCAGAUCUAGACCAUGAAGCACUACUGAAUGUAAUUAAUGAAAACAGGUACAGUUGUCAGAAUGUUUUGCUAUAAAUGUUUAAUACCCAAGCUUCAGUUUCCAUAUGAUCGAAAUGGUCGUAAAGAUUUAGUCACAAAUUGAGUCUUUCUCAACAACAUAAAUACAACGGUUUAAAACUGAAAAUAUGCAGAGUCUGGUUAUAAAUAGAGAAUAAUUAUGAUUGUUUACAGUGUAUUAAACAUUAUUUAAUUAUAAUCUGGGUGUUGAGAAAGAUUGUAACACUGUCUUUAUGACCAUUACAACCAUAUGGUGGAACAGCUAUAAAAUAGAGAGGCCGUUUUAGAUUUGACUACCGCUGCCAUUAAAGGACCAUUAACCAAUCAGAUGUGUUUGAUUUAUUCGAUCAACCAAUCAGAUGCAUAUGUCAGUGACUAGAAUGAGUCAGUGAGAGGCAGCAGUAGUGGAAGUCAAAUCCGAACCUCUCCAAUAAUCUACGUCAUGCAUAAAGUUACUCGCUAGUAUUAAUUCUGCCCCUUGAUGUUUUAGUGGUACAAAAAAUAAAGUCUUGGAUGCAGAGCAAGCAAGUGAAAGAAAGGUGAAUGUGAAAUUGUUUAAUUAUGUCAUUUAUACCCCGAACAUAUUAGUCAGAGCUUAAGAUGUUGUUAAUCUAGUAUGCGGACAUGACAAAAAGCACACCCUAAAUUCGCAGUGUCAGCAACACAGGUAACAAAUAUGGAUUAUUUUUGUCAACAAAGAUUAGUAUACAGGUGAAAAACAAAUUUGAACUGGUAACAAAUCCAAAAGAAAAUCAUAAGUAACUGUCUUUUGUCACAUCCGCGUACUAGACUUAGCUGAUCUUAAGUUUGCUAUUAUUCCAGUCAAUAUCACCCAUAGUAUCUGUACUAGUGUCUGGUGAUUACUUCAGGAGUUAGAGAGCCAUUGAGUGACCCUACCUCCGUAGAAGCUUAAACUCUGAAUUCAAAAUGUGUCUGCAUCAAAACUCAAAAACUGAUAUUUAGAAUUAGGAAUUCUGGAGUUACAGCUAGCCACUUAAAAGUCAUUUGGAAUAGUGGACUACAAUUAUUGUUGGGAACUUGCCCAUAGUGCAUUUUAAUUAAGGGCCACAGAUCUGUGGCGAGUGAGAAUGCCAGGAAACUCCCGCCAAGUAACAUUUGGCAUAGCCAUAGGUUUGGAAGCAUUUGGUAGGAUUAGUAAAGCUAAUUUUGUCUAGUGAGAGCCUUUGAUUUGGAGAAACAUGAGAAAUUUUACCAAACAAUGGAAAGUUUGUUCAUUAUAAAGUUACCAAAAUGGCAGCAUCUGGUGCAAGAAAUUUUCUUGGCGGGCAAAAUUUAUAGAAAGCAUACUGGACACUUGCGGUUUUAGAUCAGCUGUGGUUAUAUCUCCCUCCUCUCCAUUCAUUGUUGUUUACCUAACCUGACACACCAAAGUAAGAUGGUAACUGGCAUCCAAUAUUGAAAGGCGGGGGAGUGAAUUAAAGUUUGUCAAAAUAAUAGGUAGUCUGGGCAUCGGUGUUGCAACACUGACAUUUGAAAAUGAUUGUAGCUAUAUUCAAACUUUCUACAGACAUGGUGCAGGACUUGUUAAUAAACAUGUUCUGCCAUAUUGUAGGCGUAUGAUCGUGGAUUUACAGGACGCGAGACUGGCAAUAAUAAGAAAAGGGUCACAGGUGGUUUCACUGGGUUUCAAGGAAAAAGUGGCGGUAUGUAAUAUUUAUUUGUACGCAAUACCAUAAAUAUGAAUGAAGUAUUAUAAAUAUGAAGUGUGGUGAGCCUUUGUGUACUGCAAAACACAUAUGAGUCACGAUUUAGGAACAGUUACUAUUUUUAUACUUUUAGGGUUAGGAUUAGGGUUUGGAUUAGGGAAAGGAUUAGGGUUAGAAUUAGGGUUAAGUUUAAAAUACAAAAGAAUACAAAAUUACAAAAGUCCAAAAAAGUAACUCUUCCUAAAACGUGGCAGGUAUACAAAAACAAAUUUUGUGUAUAUAUAUUAAAGAACUAUGUGUGGGAAAUUUCUUAUAGCUUCAGUGAAAUUCGAUGAUUCUGUACAUGACGCGGCAUCAGAUCUUCGGAGUGACACAACUGAAACAAAUUGGUAAGAUUCUUUCUUCAUUUUUGCCCCCGUCAAGGUUGGGGUCUUCUAUUUAUUAGCUACAAGAGUUGCAUGAGAGUUGAUGAAAUUAAAGGUGAUUCGAUAUUCGCCAGGCCACCCUCGAUUUACAGUAGCAAGCCGGCUUUCUCAGGGGUAUAGGGCAGCGUUCGCUCUCGUUCUCUCCUUAAAAAGUUACUAUACCAGUUAGUUGUGUUGUCAAUAAAUUUUUUCCAUAUAUUAAUAAUUCGACCAUCCUUAGGUUCGUAGCAGGUUAUCAAGAUGGUAAUCCAAAGUUACCACUCAUUUGUCUCGGUUCUGGAUCUGAAGGUGUCGGUGGAAUAACGGAGAUAUUAACUAACGAUAUUGUGGGUUAUGCCCUUUGCAGAGUGGUAGGUGCUGAAGUGGACUAAAUUAAAAAACUCGAUAAUUCACAAGGAAAAGACAAAGCUGGAAAUCACUGCCGGUUUUAUAUGUGAUUAAAAAAAUUGUGUUCAUUUACAUAAACUUUACUUUUGAUUUUUUCGGCUUGGACAACGUUUAUUUUUAACAUUACUUCUCCAAUGACAAUGAACUCUUUAGAUGGGUCGUUUUUUUAAGCCGUUUAAAACGCUUGCAGUCCGUGCUCUAUCAGAUAUAAAACACUCGAGCUGCGCUCUCUGAUCUGAUAAGGCACUCCUGGUCAACUCCUGGUCGUGUUUUAAUACAUAGUACUUACUACUACUUAGGGCAACUUAGGGCAGUCCAAUUGAAGCUGCGAAUUGAGAUGGAUUAUUAUUGUUAAAUUAGUCGCAAAUGUUUACACUGACGCUGAUAUACAUAGCUAAAACUGCGACUCGCUAACUUUUUCUUGUUGUAAUUUCUAGACAGACGUUGUAGACGACAUAUCGACAGUAAAAUUUGUUUACAUUCAGUGGGUCGGAGAUAAUGUUAAACCGCUUGUCAAGGCAAAGACAAGCACGCACAAAGCUGACUUGGAACAGAUAUUUCAUGUAUCCUUUGUUUUGUAUGUUUUGUGUAGGUUCCUAAAUAAUCCAUGCAGAAGGCAGACCCUUGAAUUCAGUUUUUGCAGAGGCAUGAAUGAUGCGACAUGUGUGUAGCGCAUUGUCUACUGUGUGUUCUUUUAAAUACACCUACAUCAUCAGAAAGUCUGUUCAAAGUUUCUCCGAUGUAAAACUCUUUUUUCACUCCUUGGAGCCGCUAUCGUAUCAUUAUUGAUCGAGCCUGCAAAUGCCAAUACUUAAUAGUAGAUGAUGGUGGUGAUUAUGAUGAUGAUGGUGGUGAUUAUGAUAAUGGUGAUGACGAUCAUGGUGAUGAUUGUGAUACUAAUGGUGGUGGUGGAUAGUGAUAAUGAUAGUGGUGAUGUUCAUGAUGAUGAGGAUCGUGAUGAUGAUGAUCAAGGUGAUGAUUGUGGUAAUAAUGGUGGCGGUGAUAAUCAUGGUGAUGAUGAUCAUGGUGAUGAUGAUCAUGGUGAUGAUGAUCAUGGUGAUGAUGAUCAUGGUGAUGAUGAUCAUGGUGAUGAUGAUUAUGGUGAUGAUAAUCAUGGUGAUAAUGAUCAUGGUGAUGAUGAUCAUGGUGAUGAUGAUCAUUGUGAUGAUGAUUAUGGUGAUGAUAAUCAUGGUGAUGAUAAUCAUGGUGAUGAUGAUCAUGGUGAUGAUGAUCAUGGUGAUGAUGAUCAUGGUGAUAAUGAUCAUGGUGAUGAUGAUCAUGGUGAUGAUGAUCAUGGUGAUGAUGAUCAUGGUGAUGAUGACUAUGGUGAUGAUGAUCAUGGCGAUGAUGAUCAUGGUGAUGAUGAUCAUGGUGAUGAUUGUGAUAAUAAUGGUGGUUGUGAUUGAUGAUGGUGUUGAUGAUCAUGAUAAUGGUGUGAUGAUUAUGAUAUUGGUGGUGCUGAUUGUGAUAAUGAUGGUGAUGAUCAUAGUGAUGAUUGCGGUAGUAUGGUGGUGGUCAGUGAUAAUGAUGAUGGUGAUGAUUAUGAUAAUUGUAGUGAUGAUGAUAAUGGUGGUGAUGAUGAUAAUGGUGGUGGUGAUGAUGAUCGUGGUGUUGACAAUAUGAUCAUAUGGUAAUAACUGUGGUAGUGAUAAUCAUGGUGGUGUUGAUUAUGAUGGUGAUGGUGGUAGUGAUAAUGAUGGUGGUAUUGAUAGGUGAUGUGUGACUGACCAGAAGUGUACCACAGAAACACAAUCUUUCCUUAAUUCAAAUCUUAGCCCGCUCAUGCGACAAUAUUCGCCAACAGCCAAGAUGAGAUCAGUGAGAGCGAAAUAAUGGACAAAGUCCAAAGUUCAAGCGGAUCCAAGAGUCACGUGAGAAAUAACACUGAUUGA